GAUCGCAGCUUAUGACCGCGACCUAGUUGUGGAGAAGAGAAUAUAAAUUACGAUAUUGUAACUGUUUAGUAAUUUACCAGUUAUUAACACACAGUUAGGUGUCGAUUAUUUCUUUAAGAAGAUGGCAUUCGCGCAACCCCCAGUUGUCAACCCGCCUAUUCCAUAUGUUGGUCCUGUACGAUUAUCAGAGGGCUUAACAAUAGCAGUUCAAGGAAAAGUUUCACAUCAUCAUAACUCAUUCAGCAUCAACUUUACAAAAUCUCCAACCAGUUCAGAUCUACAUGAUGCAGCUCUUCAUUUUAAUCCACGAUUUAAUGAAGGAUGUAUUGUGAGAAACUCACAGGAUUGUGGUAACUGGUGCUCAGAAGAAAGACAUGGAGGUCUUCCACUACAGAAAGGUGUUCCUUUUGAAAUAACAUUUUGCAUUCACCGACAUCAUUACAAAAUAUCUAUAAAUGGAAGACAUUUUGCUGAUUUUAAACAUCGUAUUCCAAAAGAACAUAUAAAUUACAUUGUUAUCACACAAGGGGUGGAAGUCAGCUUUAUUAAAUUUGAUGGACCUGGAGCAGGAUUACCAGGCCAUGGUUCUGCAGGAUAUGCUCCAGGUUGUCCUCCACCCAGUCAACCAUUUCAACCUCCCAGUCAACCAUUUCAACCGCCAGGCACUCAUCCCCCUCCCUAUUCAGCACACAAUCCUUUUCCAACCCAACCUUAUCCAAUGGGAAUGGCACCACCACCAGCACAACCUGGAUAUCCUGGAGGAGCAUCACAACCGAUGUAUAAUCCUGCCGUUCCACUGACAACUGGUAUACCUGGUAUGUUAACUAAUGGACGCAUGAUAUUUAUUAGUGGUGUACCACCACCUAAUGUUUCUAGGUUUUCUAUUAAUCUUCAAGCAGGAUCAGACCUGGCUCUUCAUUUUGAUGUACGUGUCAACUAUGGAAACACCCACAACCAAGUCAUACGAACUCAUCGUCAGUAUGGAAAUUUUGGACCCGAGGAAAGACAGCAACCUUUCUUCCCAUUCAUACCAAAUGUUAACUUUGAUAUGAUUAUCUUGGUCGAACCACACUGCUAUAAGAUUGCAGUCAACAACCAGCAUUUCGUAGAAUUUAACCAUAGAAUUCCAGUUAAUUCUGUUACUUCACUUAAUAUUGAUGGUGACCUGAGACUGACUCAAGUCCGUUUCCAGUAAUUUAUCGUCUUAUUUCAACUCUCUAUAAAGUUUAAUUUCAUUGAUUAUAAACUGAUUUUCCUUGUAUAUCUUCUUUUUUAACCCGCAGUCUUUGUUUUAUAAGUUUAUAUUUGUUAUACAAUAUGUUAUUGUUAUAAAUAUAGAAUUUAAUCAAACCAUUAUUUACCGUACAUAGUGCUAGAAAAUAAAGUAUAUAAGAAUAUAUAGACAGCUACCGGUACAUGUUUUUGAUAUAAGUAAAAUAGUUUUAUCUAAUACCAAAAAUGUUCAUUGAUUUCCAAUGCUACAUAGUUGACUGUGUAAUGUUAGGCUAAGAAUACUGUUGGUAUUAAAAUUGGGAUGCGAAACUUUUCUUAUCCAAAAACAUCUCAGCAAUGGUUUUGUUCCAUCUGUGAAAUAUUGUUUGCAAACUCACCUUGUGUGUAUACACAGGUUUAAUUGCAUUUAAGGGGGUCAUUUUGGAAGAUUAGAUAAAGAGCUGGCAGUUCUCACUACAAUAGUUAAAAACUGGAUAAUGUAAAGGGAAUAUGCUGAACAUUCAAUAAACAGACAGGUUUAUGGAUAUCAUUCACUAGGUUUAUUAACUGCAACGUUUCAGUGAGGAUACUCUCACCGUUAUAGUGAUUUAAUUUUAGGCCUAGCCUCAAUCAUCGUUACUAAAGUCAGUACAAUAAAAAAACAAAAUCUUGAUUAUCCAUUUUUGCAUUUAAUCAUCAAAGAGCGUUGAACAGCAGAUCGGAUUCAAAUCCAAUGAAAAUUGGACAAAUAAGAUGGCAUCCAGAGUUGAUUAUGGUCUUUUCAUGUUAAUAAAUGUCUAAUUAAUAGUUUUUAUAACAUUUCAGGCCUGAAGUAAGACCUGCAAUAGGCAGAUUUAGCUCUUGCAUAAUGUAUGUUUAAUAAGGUUCUUUAGUUUCAAUAAAGUAGUUAAAUGAUUUUAGCACUGUAUGUGUUUAUUCCUUAGUAAAUUUGUUUGUAUGUUCUGUAGAGUAUUUGUUAACAGAAAUGUUAGAACUGUAGUCAGGGGUGUAAAUGUGGGAGGUGGUGUGAGAAAAAUAGUCGAUCUCAAAAUAAGUCAAUCAGUUUCAAAAUUAUUCAUUGGCAACUAAAUGAAUUAAUUAGGUAAACAAACAAUGCAAAGGGAAAAAUCCCAAAUACUCCAUAUUUAUAUAUAUGAAUAUAUCUGUGUUUUUGAUUGCUUUGAUUGGAUAUCACAAUACGCACCAGUUUUUCAAAGCUCAAAUUAUUAAUAACUGUUAUGCGUUCAGUAAUGAAACAGUAACUCCUCAAUGAACUAUUGACUUAUAUCUUUGCUAAUUUGUGUAUAUUCACCACAACAAUAUAUCAAAGAUAUAGGUCCAUGUAAAUGAUGAUAUGAUCACUUUCAUAUGUUGACACAGAUUCACAGUACUUUGUAUGUUCUGGCAAAAUUCUUAAUAAAUAACAUAAAUAGUACUCAAUUUUGUUCAUGUUAGAAGUGUUUUCUGACCAUCAGAAUUCUGCAAAAUCCAGGAAAUGGCAUUUCAGGGACUCUAGAUUUUAAAAAUUUCUCACCGGGAGCAUGGCCCUGGCCCCCUGCUCCCAUAAAGCUCUGUUCGUGGCUGCAUCACUUGUAUUAGGGACCUGUGCAUCAGUCAGUCUCAUUUUUGCUACCCCCCCUCCCCAAACAAAAUUGAUAUGUACUCCCCUGACUAGUAAUUGUUAAUAUUGACACUGGAAUUUCAAUUUUGUUCAUUGUUUAGUGCUCAAAUUAAUGUUUUUGUAAUAUUUUGAACUUUGAUUUAAUCAAAUAAAUAUACUAUUAACAUACCGGUAAUUUAAUUUAAUAACUGAUCAUGCUCAGAUGACAUUAUUUAAGCAAUUCAUAAUCUCAAAUACAUAUAGAUGUUUAGAAAAUGUAAAUAAAAAACAAAAUAAUAUCUUCAAGCAUAGGAAAACUUAAGACAAUAUUUCUGCUCAUAUAUAAUAUUGACAAUAAAUAAUGAUAUAUUUAUACAGAUGUACUGGAGUUUGUAUGUUAUAUCUUCUCAAAGAAUUUGUGGCAGGGUGAUGGUUUAGGAAUGUAACUUGUGCCUUUAAGAGCAAAUUAUGCUAGUUAAGGGGAAAAUAUUGAAACAUGAAUUCCCCAUAGCUUGUGAUUUUAGAAUGGGAUUUAAAGAUUACAUGUAUGUCCCUCAUGUCUUUAUUUUGCAUUCAGUAUCCUCAAAUGUUUAUUAAAUUUAGUUUUGUAAUUUAACAUGACAAUGUUAAGCUUUAUGAUUUAGAGGGAGAAUAGAGGGAUAGAUGUUAAAUAUGUAUAAAAUGUCUGCAGUACUGCUAGUCAUAUAUCUUCCUGCAAAAUUCAUCAUAUCUACAAUUAUAUGCUUUGACCAAUUAUGUUUUGUCUAGUAGCAAACACCACAGAUUUCGCCUUAAAGGCCUUACCCCAAGGAA